AUGGAGUCACGCACGCGCACGCGGCUCCUGCUGCUGGCGGCCACUCUGGCCCCGACCCGGACCCACGCGGGCUCGCACUCGCUGCGGUAUUUCCACACCGCCGUGGCCCGGCCCGGCCUCGGGGAGCCCCGGUACAUUGUCGUCGGCUACGUGGACGACACGCAGUUCGUACGCUUCGACAGCGACGCGGAGACCCCGAGGAUGGAGCCGCGGGCGCCUUGGGUGGAGCAGGAGGGGCCGGAGUAUUGGGAGAGGGAAACACAGAACGCCAAAAUCACCCAGCAGACUUUCGGAAGGAACCUGAGGGCCCUGUCCAGCUACUACAAGCAUAGCCGUGAAGGCUCUCACACCAUCCAGGUGAUAUCUGGCUGUGAUGUGGAUUCAAACGGCCGCCUCCUCCGUGGAUAUGAACAAUUCGCCUAUGAUGGCCGCGAUUACAUCUCCCUGAACGAGGACCUGAGAACGUGGACAGCUGCGGACAGGAUGGCACAGAUCACCCGGCUGGAGUUGGAGCAGGCUGGUGAGGCAGAAAGAUACAGGGCCUACCUGGAGGGCGAGUGUGUGGACCAGCUCCGCAGAUACCUGGAGAUCGGGAAUGCGAACCUGCGUGCAGACCCACCAGAGACACAUGUGACCCAUCACCCCAGACCUGGAGGAAAUGCCACCCUGAGGUGCUGGGCCCUGGGAUUCUACCCUGCUGACAUCACCCUGACCUGGAAGAAGGAUGAAGAGGAACAGACACAGAACUUGGAGGUUGUGGAGACCAGGCCUGCAGGGGAUGGAACCUUCCAGAAGUGGGCAUCUCUGGUGGUGCCUUCUGGGGAGGAGCAGAGAUACACAUGCCAUGUGCACCACGAGGGUCUAUCUGAGCCCUUCACCCUGAGAUGGGAGCCUCCUCAGUCCACUGUCCCCAUCACGGCAAUCAUCAUUACUGUUCUGGUUCUCCUUGGAGCUGUGAUCAUUGGAGCUGUGGUGGCUGUUGUGAGGAAGAGGAGGAGAAACACAGGUGGAAAAGGAGACUAUGCUCCUGCUCCAGGCAGAGACAGUGCCUAG